AGGUGGGGUCAGAGAGCGCCCAGGGGGCUGCGUCCAACCUGACAGAGCUGAUCCUGAGUCGUCUGUCCUCCUCCCCCACCAACCUCACAGCCUUCCAGCAGGCGGUGCCACGCUCCUUCAUGAUCAGCGCCGACAUGGCCCACGCCCUGCACCCCAACUACCAGGAGAAGCAUGAUGACAACCACAGACCAGCCUUCCACAAGGGUCCUGUAGUUAAAUUCAACAGUAACCAGCGCUAUGCCACUACGGCUGUGACAGCCUCCAUCUUGAGAGAGAUCGCCAGUCGUGUUGGUGUGCCUCUUCAGGAUGUGAUGGUGCGUAACGACAGCCCCUGUGGGACCACCAUCGGCCCCAUCCUGUCUUCCCGCCUGGGGAUCCCCGUGCUGGACAUCGGUGCCCCCCAGCUGGCCAUGCACUCCAUCAGGGAGAUGUGCUGCACCUCUGGAGUGCUCCAGUCUACCAACCUAUUCAAGGGCUUCUUUGAGCUCUUCCCCACUGUGAGAGACAUGGUGACUGUGGACUAGCCUGGGGAAAGGACAACAUGGACAGACAGAUGUCCUCCUCUGGGUCUCUCUACACACUGUGUUAUUUCUAUACUCACAUGACACAGUGCCACAGCAGAACUUUUUGCACACAUUCAGAGGCAAGGAAAGAUCCUUCAAAUGAUGUUUCUGAUGAACUGAAAUGGUUUAUAAAAUAAUAUCUUUAAUCUA